CAACUCGAAUCUACUUCACAUAUGCUGAUUCUCCCCGUCUGGAAAAAAACAACGAACCCCUGGUUUAGUCUCCUUUUCUCUCUCUACAAGUCUCUCUCUCUCUCUCUCUCUCUCUCUCUCUCUCUUCAAGUUUUCGCAGCGGCGGCGAUGGGGAAAGGUCCAGGUCUCUACUCCGACAUCGGCAAGAAGGCCAGAGAUCUUCUGUACAAGGACUACCAGGGCGACCACAAGUUCACUAUCACUACCUACACCUCUACCGGAGUCGCCAUUACAUCAUCAGGAACUAAGAAAGGUGAGUUGUUUUUGGCGGAUGUUUCCACCCAGCUGAAGAAUAAGAACAUCACCACUGACAUAAAAGUGGACACGAACUCAAAUCUUUUGACCACAAUUACCAUUGAUGAACCUGCUCCUGGACUCAAGACAAUCCUCAGUUUUAAGGUUCCUGAUCAAAGAUCUGGCAAGGUAGAGCUACAGUACCUGCAUGAUUAUGCUGGCAUCAGUACCAGUAUGGGAUUAACUGCCACUCCCAUUGUCAACUUCUCUGGCGUGGCUGGCAACAGUGACUUGUCUCUUGGGGCUGAUCUUUCUUUCGAUACUGCCACUGGAAACUUUACCAAAUACAAUGCUGGGUUGAAUUUUACCAAGACUGACCUCAUCGCCUCUUUGACACUGAAUGACAAAGGUGAUACCCUAGCUGCUUCCUACUAUCACUCUGUUAGCCCAUUGACAAACACUGCUGUUGGUGCGGAGCUCACACACUGCUUCUCAAGCAACGAGAACACACUCACUAUUGGAACACAACAUGCACUGGAUCCACUAACCACAGUGAAGGCUAGGGUGAACAACUAUGGCAAGGCAAGCACUCUCAUCCAGCAUGAGUGGCGUCCAAAGUCCCUCUUCACUAUCUCCGGGGAAGUGGACACCAGGGCUAUUGAGAAAAGUGCCAAGAUUGGACUGGCUUUGGUUCUGAAGCCAUGAAUUUUAGAAAUGUCUUUUUUGUGAGUUGAAAGAAUGGCCAUGUUUUUGUCUGGUGGAGAGCAAUAAGGUAGUUGGCAUGACCUCGGCACUAUUUUUGCCUUCCAGUAAUUGCGGUGGCAUUGAUUUCCUGUAAAAUUGGUGGUUAUUCUGUUGUUCAACGCGGAUUGAAUUAGCGUAAUUCUUCUUAUGGAGUAUGUGGUAUGACUCCAUCAUUGGCGCU